UUAUAUAUAUAAACCAAUGGAAAGACCUGCAUGUAGAUAGUCGAAACGCUUGCAGAAACUGAUAAAAAACUGGCGUUAAGAGCUAGUAAUCAUCUAGUCAGUUGCCAUUUGUUGUUGUGAACAAUAUUUUAUGAUAUUGUACAGUAUUUUUUAAAGAUGAUUCCUUAAUUUAAGUUGAAUCUCUGUUGCAAUCAUUUCUUACCAAUCUAUAAUCUCUUAACAGGCAACAAGAAGUAAGAAUGAUUAACAAAAUAAAGGGACUAAUCUUUAUCAUACUACUUUUCUUGACAUCUUUCUUUGGUUAUGUGUUUAUUGGGUCACCAAUUUUACCCCUAGCUUUCUUUGCUCCUAAAUUAUACAGGAAAUUGAUGGAUAAUAUGAUAGGCUAUUGGGAGUAUUUUUGCGUUGCACUCCUUGAAGUGUUCUUAGGUUUAAAGAUUGUUCUUUCUGGAGAUAAAAUCAACAAUAACGAAAGAAAUUUGAUAAUAAUGAAUCAUAGAACUCGUCUAGAUUGGAUGUUUUUCUGGUGUGUUUUGUUUCGAGAUUCAAAUAUAGCAACAGAAAAGAUCGUUCUAAAACAACCUUUAAAAUACGUUCCCGGUGCAGGUUGGGCAAUGCAAGCUGCAUCUUAUAUUUUCUUAAAGAGAAAAUGGGAAGAUGAUAAGUCAUAUAUCACUGAUAUUUUAAAUUAUUUGUCCCAGAUUAAUCACAAAUCUCAGAUACUCAUUUUUCCCGAGGGGACAGAUUUUUGUCCAAACUCUUCUAAGAGGAGUGAUGCAUUUGCUGCAAAAAAUAAUUUAGAAACUUAUAAAUACGUUUUACAUCCAAGGACAACUGGAUUUGUUUACUUUCUGCAGACAAUGAGAAAAAAUAAACAUUUGGAUGCUUUAUAUGAUAUAACAGUUGCUUAUCCUGAUGAACUUUGUAGUAAUGAAUUAUCUUUUGCCUUUGGAAAACGACCAAAAACAGUUCACUUUCAUAUUGAUCGUCAUCUGGUUGAAAAUUUACGAGAAACUGACGAAGAAUUGACCAAAUGGUGCCAGGAAAAAUGGCGAGAAAAGGAGGCAAAUCUUUCGGCAUUUUACAACGAAACUAAAAAUUUCAACGACGAAAGAGUAGGAUGA